AUGUCUGUGACGUCACAUUAUGGAAAGCUGGAAACCUCUUGCCACGCCCAUCCCCGGUGCACUCUGCGCUCGCGUAACCACCACCAGUAUAAAGGCGGGGCCGCCAGACCCCGGCAUCAGUCGACGACAGCAAACCGAAGGCGACACCAUGAAGACUCUCGUGUUCCUGUUUGUGGUGCUGGCUGUGGUGUGCGCGGCUCUGGCUGUGCCGGGCCCUCUGCCCCUACCACGUCCUGGCCCAGUGCCGAUCCCUGCUGCGCCCAGGGAGACCCUGCGUGGCAGCGAGCAGGUCUACUACGGAUACUACCCAUACGUCGUCGGCUGAGCACAAUGGCAAUGGAAAAUGGCUACCUAAUGGGCAUCACUGUGGACUUGAUACAGACAUCUUUUGGCUAAUGUUUACUAUUUCUCUAUUACAUCUGAAAUUGACUUUAAUUCUCAAUAAAUUUUACACUUCCUAUUAAGAA